AUGUCCAAGAUUUGCACCCCCACAAACGACGAGCCAUGCUACUUCUACCAUUUCAUCGAGUGCCUUCCUCGCGGGGUGAAGUCGUGCGCCAAACUCUGGACGUCGGUGGAUGGAAUGGGCACAGGCAACCAGGGAGGCGUCAACUGGGGCAACAACAACACAGGCAUCAAGAACCGGGGCACCUUCCUCUCCAUUGAGAAAGCCAAUACCUACCUCACACGAACAGAUCCCACCACUGAUGUCGCCAUAUUUUUCAUCGACUGA